GGAGGAGCGGAGGCUAGGCAGUACAAAAGAGAAAACAGAUGGGACCCAGAGCAGCAGGGAGCUUCACCUUGAGAUCUAUUUAUUUUAUUUAUUUGAAAGGCUGAGACAGAGAGGUAGAGACACAGAGAGAGGUUUUCCAUCCACUGGUUCACUUCUCAGAUGGUCGCAACAGCCAGAGCUGCGCCAAUCCGAAGCCGGGAGCCAGGAGCUUCUUCCAGGUCUCCCACGUGGAUGCAGGGGUCCAAGGACUUGUGCCAUCUUCCACUGCUUUUCUAGGCCACAGCAGAGAGCUGGAUCAGAAGAGGAGCAGCUGGGACUAGAACCGGCGUCCAUAAGGGAUGCCGGCGCUUCAGGCCAGGGCUUUAAUCUGCUGUGCCACAGUGCUGACCCCUACCUGACUACUUUCAAACAAAGUGAUAAUGAGCAGAGAUGGACUCCCUUGUCAGCAGGCCCAGACACUUCCGUUUUCUGAGCAUCUACCCCUGUAAAAGGAAGAGAGAGGAAGGAAGGAAGCUCAGUGCGCAGAGGCCUGGGACCCCGAAGCAGAAGUCUUUCUCCCCUGGCCUAGGGAACAGCAGCUGCGGGAUCAGUGCUUUAUGCACUAAAGUUUCAAUAGUGAAUGCACCAGACACAACCGUCCACUUUGGUGGGGCUCACAUUCUUAUUCUUUAAGAGCAGUGGGAAUCAGUAAACCUUGGCCAUGAUCACUUCCUCUUUUCCAACCCAUGUGGCAGUUUUUGCCCUGAUCAGCCUGCGCGUCGGUGCUCUGGACACUUUUGUAGCUGCAGUGUAUGAACAUGCCGUCAUUUUGCCAAAGAAAACAGAAACGCCUGUUUCUCAAGACGAUGCCUUGCUCCUCAUGAACAAGAAUAUAGAUAUUCUGGAGAGUGCGAUUAAGCAGGCAGCAGGGAAGAAUGCUCGAAUCAUUGUGACUCCAGAAGAUGCACUUUAUGGGUGGAAAUUUACCAGAGAAACGAUUUUCCCAUAUCUGGAGGAUAUCCCAGACCCUCAGGUGAACUGGAUCCCAUGUCAAGACCCCCACAGAUUUGGUCACACACCAGUACAAGCAAGACUCAGCUGCCUGGCCAAGAACAACUCUAUCUAUGUCUUGGCAAAUAUUGGAGACAAGAAGCCUUGUAAUUCCCAUGACUCCACAUGUCCUCAUAAUGGCUAUUAUCAAUACAAUACCAAUGUGGUGUACGAUUCAGAGGGAAAACUGGUGGCACGUUAUCAUAAGUACCACCUAUACUCUGAGCCUCAGUUUGAUGUUCCUGAGAAACCGGAGUUGGUAACUUUCAACACCACAUUUGGAAAGUUUGGCAUUUUCACAUGUUUUGAUAUACUCUUCCAUGAUCCUGCUGUUACCUUGGUGAAAGAUUUCCAUGUGGACACCAUAUUGUUCCCCACAGCAUGGAUGAAUGUUCUGCCCCUCUUGACAGCUAUUGAAUUCCAUUCAGCUUGGGCCAUGGGAAUGAGAGUUAAUCUUCUUGUGGCCAAUACACAUCAUGUCAGCCUAAAUAUGACAGGGAGUGGCAUCUAUGCACCACAUUCUCCCAAAGUGUACCACUAUGACAUGGAAACAGACUUGGGAAAGCUCCUCCUUUCAGAGGUGGAUUCACAUCCCAAAACCUCUUCUUCCUACCCAACGGCUGUGAAUUGGAGUGCCUAUGCCAUGGCCAUCAGACCAUUCUCAGUACAGAAAGACACUUUCAGAGGAUUUAUUUCUCGGGACGAGUUCAAUUUUACAGAACUUUUUGAAAAUGCAGGAAAUAUUACAAUUUGUCAAAAAGAGCUCUGCUGUCAUCUAAGCUACAGAAUACUAGAAAAAGAAGCAGAUGAAAUUUAUGUCCUAGGAGCCUUUACAGGAUUUCAUGGCCGAAGGAGGAGAGAAUACUGGCAGGUAUGUACUAUGCUGAAGUGUAAAACUACUAAUCUGACCACAUGUGGACAGCCGGUCGAGACUGCUUCUACACGAUUUGAAAUGUUCUCCCUCAGUGGCACAUUUGGAACAGAGUAUGUUUUUCCUGAAAUUCUACUCACUGAAAUUCAUCUAUCACCUGGAAAAUUUGAAGUGCUAAAAGAUGGGCGUUUGGUAAAUAAGAAUGGAUUAUCUGGGCCUAUCCUAACAGUGUCACUGUUCGGAAGGUGGUACACAAAGGACACACUUUACAAAUCAUCUGGGACCAGCAAUUCAGCAAUACCUUACCUGCUAAUCUUCAUUGUCCUAAUGAUUGCAGAUUUGCAAAAUAUUGUAUUGCUGUAAGGUACCUCUGUCUUGCUCAGUUUUGCAUCAUACAUGUUGCUAAAUGUGUUUAUCAGGUUCCCAAGUCUGCUAAGAAACUUUGAAGGGCUACUUCAGUAGAAUAGACAAAUAAUUCUUAAGUAUUUUUAUCAUUAAAGACUAUUUUUAAGUUUGUUGAUAAUUGUGUCCUUUUUUUGGCUUCUCUGAAAUAGUGCUUUGUGGUACAAUAGAAACAGCAUAGGUGUUUGAAUUGGAUAAAUAAGGGUGAAAUAGGGUUCCAGCCCUAUUUGCUAUGAGACUUUGUAGGCUUGGGUGUGAGGGCACAGAGUGAAGACUUUCAUAGCUGUGUACUUGAAGAGAAACUGACUUUAAAAACAAUGUGAGCUCAUCUCAUUUUCUAAUGAUUAGAGGUAAAUUUGCUUGCUCAUCAGAUGGUCAUUUUUUUUUAAGUAAUUUUGUAAAGUAUUUUGUAAAGUAAUUUGUAUUUGUUUGAAAGUCAGAGUUGUACAGAGAGAGAAGGAGAGGCAGAGAGAGAGAGAGAGAGAGAGAGAGAUCUUCCAUCUGCAGAUCAGUUGGCUGCAAUGGCCGGAGCUGUGCCGAUUUGAAGCCGGGAACCAGGAGCUUCUUUUCAGUCUCCCACCCAGGUGCAGGGGCACAAGGACUUCGGACAUCUUCCACUGCUUUUUCAGGCCAUAGCAGAGAGCUAGAUCAGAAAUGGAGCAGCUGGGUUUCAAACUGGCACCCAUAUGGGAU